GUGAAAGCGCUCUAUCGCCCUCUUCGUGAGCGGAAGGAAACGAAGAGAAACCGGAUGCGACGGCAGAAGGACGGAAAAUGGUGUACGUGUCCAACGGACAAGUUGUGGAUAACAGGAGUCAAGCACCAUGGAGCUUAUCAUCAAUUACUCAGUUUUUCUGGGGAAUAGUGGAGUUUAUUGCAUUUUUCUUUCGAACAUUGUUCAAUCCAUCUGGAACUGACCUCAAAACAUCUGGAAGUCAGACGUCCUGGCGUAGACCAGACGAUGGAAGAGGGCCACCUGGAGCUCCACGGAGAAGAAUGGGUCGAAUAAAUCAUGGAGGAGGUCCAGCACCACCUCCAAUGUCUGGAGGAUGAGGAAGGUAAAUGCCUGCUUUCCAAAGCAGGCACCAGCUCAUGCAUUCAUCAUGAUGUGAGAAGAUUGGAAAAAACUGGAACGGUCAAGUUUUACUAAUAUGAAGGGGUGAAUGCACUUGUCCAUGCAGAAGUUUUGCCCUCUGUUAAACGCAGCGGAUAAUGAUGUUGUGCCAGGAACACCUGAAUUCAAAGGUUCUGAUACAAUGGAAAUGCAACUGCAUGGUAUCUCAGAAAAAGGAUUUCUUUUCACAUAUUUUCAGACUUCUACUUGAAUUAUCUUAUAUUGAACUGAACUGCUGUUCUUCGUCUUUCCAUUAAUAAAGUAUUUAAAGUGUUGGCCUACAA